AUGAAUCUUGUGCAAAUAUACCCAAUAGUCAUACGAUGGUUAAUCAUAUCAAUACCCUUUAGUACUGUGAUGUCCGCUGUAUAUAACUUUAGCGGUAAAGUAGUGUUAAUCACGGGCUCGAGCGCCGGCAUCGGUGCGGCCACUGCUGUUGGGUUCGCCCGUUCGGGAGCACAGGUUGUGGUGACCGGACGUAACCCACGGAGAGUCAGUGCUGUGGGGAAGCAGUGCUCAGACGUAUCGCCCAAUGGGUUGACAGCACUGGAAGUGACGGCAGAUGUGAGCAAAGAAGUCGAUUGCAAACAACUCAUCGACUCUACGGUUAAGGCGUUUUAUAGACUCGACGUUUUGGUCAAUAACGCGGGUUUUGGUCUCAACGCCGGUAUAACUGACUCACACUUUGGCCAAACUCUUGACCAAAUGUUUGCCACUAAUGUUAAGUCAACCGUUGUAUUGACACAAUUAUCGGCCGACUAUUUAAUAAAAACCAAAGGAAAUAUUAUCAACAUCUCAAGCAUUGCCGCAAAUAUGACAGUCCCGAAUCUAACUGGUUAUUGUAUAACAAAAAGUGCCCUGGAUAUGUUUACUAAAUGCAUGGCAGCUGAACUGGGGCCCAAAGGCAUCCGGGUUAAUGCAGUG